AUGACGCAUACGCAUACGCAUGCACGCGUAUGCAGACGCAUACAGGGAAAGGUGCCCUCGCCGCGAUCCAGUCCGUGCGAGAGCUCGUCUAACAGCGAGAACGAGCUCCUCUCCCGCGAGGGCGCGAGGAGAACCAGGAGAACCAGGAGAACUGUGUCAAGGGCAGAGGCGACGCCGACGAGACGGCGCAGCCGAAACGAGACGGAGCGAAAUGAAACGACGAGAGUUUUACCUGCCCCUGGCACUAGCGUGGUAGACCCGCCGUGUUUGUUGACAGUCGUCGGCAUUUCAUCGUAUACCGCGGACGUGAUACCUCCUCGUGUGAUCGCUGCCGCAUGUGUGUCCGUCCAUCUGCCUUUAUCCGUGGUGCACGCCGGACGUGGUGUACGCGGAUGGACGUAUUCAUCACCGUACAACGCGAGUCUCGUCAUUCGCAUCGUGCUCAGCGAUAAGUUGGAUUACAGUGCGGAUAGGAGAGGAAGAAACGAUGACAACGGCUUGAAAGGGAGGCACCUUUCGUGUGUUUGCCUUCGCUCGACUGGAUCCGUUUCGACAGUGGCGAAUGUUCACGCGGAUACAUUCGACGAUUGUUAUCAUGCCUCGGACGUAGUCCCGUCGACUCCGACUGACAACUUUGUGUAUCCCGUGUAUAUACGUUUGUUGGGAAUCAAAGUCGAGUGUGUGUUCCCUCUUUCCCAGUACAUCCGUUGUCCCUCUUUACUACGAAUUGUGCCGGCAUUUUCUUUGUUGACAUCUACGUCAUCAUUAUCAUCGUCAAGGGGUGCUCCAGGUUACUUUUUGCGAAAUAUUAGACAACCGGUGCAUUGUUGUUGUUCUAUCGCGAUCGCCAAUCACGGAUCGGUAGCGAUGUCCCGCGAACAUGACGAACUGAACGGAACAGAUAGACACGAAUAUAUCCAGUUAUACCCCCAGAUGUAAUUUAUUAACAUCCCGAAAAAAUCAACUUGAUCAGCGUACACGACGAUAUACUCGCUCGUAACAUAGAGUGCCGAUAAAAAGAUCUUUC